ACUGUGCAAAAAAAAAGCCCCGGACUGGCGACCCCUCCUCUCACCUCCUCCACCACUCCCCGGAUCCCGGUUUCUCACAUAGUCAAUGGCUUCGACACUUCCCACUCGCGCGGUGAGGACACUCUCCGGUUCCGCGUGCCGCACCUUCGCUCGCUCCAGCGCGAUUGAAUCCGCUCUCCUUCCGCGGCGAGCCCUGUCGACAUCAACGGGGGAGGCCCCCACGAGUCAGUCAGAUAGGCCGCGGUGGUCGUACACUCCUGAGCGUGCCAAGGCACCCUUCAGCCUACGCCUUGAUUCCAAACGCCCGGCCUGGUAUGUCAACUCCGAUCCCAGCAAACUCGAUGAUUUCUACCUGCGCCUGCUCGGUCCUGGGGGCGACAAAUUACUAUCGGAUGAGGUCAAAUGGCUUGCCGUGACGCACAAGAGCUUUGAUCAGGGACGGAGAGGUUACAACGAUCGCCUCGCUUUCUUAGGUAAACGCAUCGUCAAACUACAGGCUUCGCUGGCCUUGGUGCAAAGUCCAGCUCCCAGCCCCCCUACUCGGGAUUCCUACGGCCGCAAGCCCUUCGAGCAUCCCGACCUGGAAGGCCUGGCCAACCUUUCCUACAACACCAAGAACUUCAUGACGCACAAGGACAAGAUGGCGACCCUGGCGCAGAAAUAUGAACUGGAGAAAGUAUUGAGAUGGUCUCCUCGGCUGCCUCUUGACCUUAAAGCCUCUGGACUGGAACUCAUUCUCGCUCACACGAUGUACGCUAUUAUCGGCGCCAUUGCGCUGGAGAAGGGCGGCGAGGUCGCCAACAAGGUGGCACGUGAGCGGAUACUGAGUCCCCUGGGUUUCCAAAUCUAGGAGUGAAGUCGGGAGGAGGAAGGACCGAUUGAUUUCUUCGGGGCAAUUAUCGCAGGGAGCAUAUCAAGGCGUUUAUUAUCUCUUUUUCUUUCUACUGUUGGUCUCGGGAUUUUUGUUCCCAUGGAUGUUUCACUAUAUGUGCUGGGGGAUCAUCAUUUUUCGUUCGACCGUAUAUUAUGUACUUUUACACCACGACCUGUGCUAUAUGGAACUGCAAAUACCAACCCGCAAGAUCUCUU